GCCUAGGUGGUGGCGGCGGUGCGCGGGCGCGGCACCCGGAAGUCGGCGGCUGCGGAGGCGACCUUGUGAACCCGCACAUGAGUGCAGCCUCCCCUUCGGCCCGAUGUGCAUCAUCUUCUUUAAGUUUAAUCCUCGCCCUGUUUCCAAAAAUGCCUACAGGCUCAUCCUGGCAGCCAACAGGGAUGAAUUCUACCACCGACCUGCCAAGGUAGCUGACUUCUGGGGGAGCAACAAUGAGAUCCUCAGCGGGCUUGACAUGGAGGAAGGGAAGGAAGGAGGCACUUGGCUGGGGAUCAGCACGCGGGGCAAACUGGCAGCGCUUACCAACUACCUGCAGCCACGGCAGGACCCGGAUGCCCGAAGCAGAGGUGAACUUGUGGCCCAGUUUCUGACCACCGACAUGGACUGCCUGUCCUACCUGAGGAAGGUCUCCACAGAGGGCCACCUCUACAACGGCUUCAACCUCCUCGCAGCCGAUCUGAGCACGGCAAAGGGAGAUAUGAUCUGCUACUAUGGAAACCGAGGGGAGCCCGAGCCUGUCGUGCUGGCACCAGGCUCCUACGGCCUGAGCAAUGCCCUGCUGGAGACACCCUGGAAGAAGCUGUGCUUCGGGAAGCAGCUGUUCCUGGAGGUGGUGGAACAGAGCCAGGUGCUCCCCAAGGACGCCCUCAUUGCCCAGCUCCUGGAAGUGCUCAAUAACGAGGAGGCGCAGCUGCCAGACCCGGCCAUCGAGGACCAGGGCCGGGAGUACGUGCAGCCCAUACUGAGCAAGUACGCGGCUGUGUGUGUGCGCUGCCCAGACUACGGCACCAGAACCAAUACGAUCAUCCUGGUGGAUGGGGAUGGGCACGUGACCUUCACGGAGCGCACCAUGCUGGACAAGGACCCUUUGCGCUGGGAGACCAGCACCUAUGAGUUCAGGCUGCAGAGCUAAUGGGCUGCUGUGAGGGGAACAACCCCAGCCACAUGUACCGCCCAUAAUGUUCCAUAUCCCCAGUGCCAGGCCCUGUGACUUGUGUGCAGUCCAUCUGUCUCCCCGUACCGAGGCCUGCCAUCAUGCUGCCCUUGGGGAAAGAUGGAGGCAUGGUUGGGGCCUGAGAAAAGCUCUUCGGAGAGGAAGAACAGCCUGCCUGGUGGACUCAGGGCAUCCUGAGUGUGCUGGGGGCCUCCUGUGGGGAGCAGUUUUGUAUGUGUUUGGGGCUCCACGUGGGGGGUGGGCCCACCUAUACCUGUGCAUCUCAGCAGGCUCUCAGGUAUUAAAGCAUGUGGAUUAUUUAUAAGUGGGCCCAGGUGAACCAGGGGUCACAGCCAGACUGUCUUGUCCCUUGUCCCUGGGAGUGCAGUUCCAGAGGGAUCUGUGCUUCAGUUGCUUCAUGCUGAGAAUAAACUUUGAGGCAGUGACAAGCCUGUGCCUGGCAGGCUCCUGACUUGUGUGACAGACAGGCUGGUGCUGACAUGGCUGUGGGCUGGGUGGGGGCUGUUCCCGGGCCUUGGCAGCUCCUGUGGAUGCAGCACAGCUGUGGUAAUGAC